AUUGUUCUAUUUAGCCCAAAUCCUAAUUGUGGUGCCUGAAAUUGAAAGAAGCAUCGUUGCCAUCUUUCUAGUUUUGGUGGGUAACGCCGGUAAGCCAUGGCGCUAGAAGCUUAUGCAUCGGGGAAACGAGAUGAAGUCCACAACGACGUACUUUUCCAAGCCAGGCAAGCUUGCUACAAGGCUCGCGAUGCUUUCUAUUCGUGCUUGGAAAAUCACUCGGACAAGAAACCCACUGAAAUCGGAUCAGUGGGACUCCUGUACCCCACUGAAUGCAAAAGAUCCAGGGAGGAAUACGUGAAUAAUUGCCGGGUUUCUUGGGUGAAGCAUUUUGAUAGGCAGUAUUGUAAGACUAAGCGGACGCAGAGGCUGCUUGAUGAUAAGGAAACGAGGAGAGGGGUGUAAGGCUUGGGUUGGGCCACUAAUGAAGAUUGGACCAUCAUAGUCUAUCACUGAGAUGUCCCCAAUGAUGUGGAUUUACAAUUUGCUGAACCAUUGGGGAUUUGUUAAUUUCUUGUAUUCUAUAACCCAUCUGUUAAUUCAGGCAUACCUAGGAAGAUGUCUGUUUGAGGUUUUGAUUGUGAAAUGAACUUAUGCAACUGUUGGCUUUCCAUAUUAUAUCAAUUAAACUUGCGUUUGUACCAUUUAAAUGUCUAGUAGUUUUCUUCUUCUUACCGUGCGCAGGUCUGUAUGUUGAGAGGCAUUUAUUCUUUUUCAAUUCUUUUAACUUUCUGUUCACAACUCUAUAUCAAACUUGUCAUCAAUUAUUCUUCAUAUGUUUCCUGUUCUAAGUUUAGACUAUCUCUUAUUCUAUGUAUAAGACUUGCAUUGCUUUGUUAUUUUUCUUCGUAAUGACUCGGUACUGUUUCAUCUAUCCUUUGGUAUGAAUUCUUCUCCGGUUUCCUUUUGCCAUCUAGUUGUUGAUAUUU